UUAACGUUACAACGGAACGGAAUAUAACUGAAAGCGAAAACUUCUAAAAUCAAUCAUAGUGUCUGUAGAGUGAAAUUGUGAUGAAAGUUUAAAAUAUUACGCAAAAGAAAAGCGCUCAUACCAAAUUGUUUGCAAAAAUAUUGCCAGUUACACAAGCAAGGAAUAACAGUGAAAAAAAUCCAAAUAAGGAUAAGCAUGAUAUAUGAAUCGAAGAAGAGGAUUUUCUUUAACGAAUGAAACCAUGUGAAUAAAAGAAAAAAUUAAACCAUUUUUAUAAUAAAGAGAUUUAAAAUCAGAAAAACACCCUAGCUUAAUAAAAGCCCCAAUGUCUCUGAUAAUUCUUAAUGGGCCAUAAUGCAAUAAUCCACUGCCUUUGGCCUUAGAAAGUAUACCAAGCAGAAAAUACAAAGUGCAAUUUGGCUAAAGCUAAAAAUUACCAAAUGUUGUGAACGUAAAGCGUGAUCCCAUAUAAAGUAAAAAAGUUUGUUUGGUCUCAUGCCAAGUUUUAUAAGCAGUGGCGGCAGACCAAGUUUCCAACAAAGGCCUAAGAUAACACCAAAAAGGCAAACAACAAAGAGUGCAACUAAAAGUGAAGCUCUUAAACAAGAAAAAGUUUCAAACAAAAAUAAACCUCUUUUCUGUGGAUAGAGUAAAGCUCUAAAUUUGAUCUAGGAAGAAAUAUGACAUGCAGUAGGCAUGUUGUAGGCAGUGCUAGAGCAUAACAACAACAACAUAUACUAAGCUAUAGGAAUGCACGUUAACUAAUGGGGUCAAAAGUUCUCAACAAGACCAACAAGAUGGAAUCAUGGCAAACCAACUAAACGAAAUUCGACGCCUCCUAUUCUACAUCCUGCUGGCUGGAAUAUAACAAACUUUCGUUUUACUACGAUACAACGUACGAGUACAUUGCCUAUACCCAUUUCAACAAUAGUGCCAGCUUCACUCUAUAAGAAGAAGAAUUUUUGGCGGUCUGCGUUAAAACCCCCUUGCUGGUGUGUUGCCAACGAGUCAUGCGAAAAAGAGAAAGAAACUUUUAACCCAACAGUCGAUAAUAUGGAGGUCAUAUCCUCACAACUGUAUCACAAUGUCGGUCUCCGUGGGAUCACCGAAAAACCAAAUGUACUUUUUGCUUUAAUACCCGUACGCUGAUGCUGCCAUAGCAGGUUUUAAAAUAAACAAAAUUUAAGGCAAAGAGAGGCGCUAUGAAGGAUACCAAAAGACUGAUACAAAGUUUGGGCGAAAUGAUUUUUCUGCUGAUAAUUGUCCUGAGUGACCUAAUAAGCGGUGAUGUAACAGAACCCUUCAACGCAUUUAAAAUUUACGAAGAGACCAUAGCCAAGACAACCAUGCCGACCUAUACUCAUCCGCCUUGGAUAGAACCAUACUUUGGUCCGACCACUCCACGGAAUGUCACUGCCUUAAUGGGCAAAAGUGCAUACUUGAGCUGUCGUGUACGAAAUUUGGCAAAUAAAACGGUUUCCUGGAUAAGGCAUCGCGAUAUGCACAUCCUGACUGUUGGCACUUACACCUAUACAUCGGAUUUGCGUUUUCAGGCCAUACACCACAAUGACACUGAGGAUUGGACAUUGCAGAUAAAAUGGACACAGAAACGUGAUGCGGGCAUGUUUGAGUGUCAAAUAUCCACUCAGCCAGUGCGAAGUUAUUUUGUGAAUCUCAACGUUGUGGUUCCAACGGCAACAAUACAAGGCGGCUCAGAUUUUCAUGUUGACAAGGGAAGCACAAUUAACCUUACUUGUACAGUAAAGUUUAGUCUGGAACCACCGGAAUAUAUUUUUUGGUAUCAUCACGAAGAGGUUAUCAAUUAUGACUCAACAAGGGGCGGUGUAUCAGUCAUAACGGAGAAAGGCGAUGUCACCACAUCAUAUCUGCUUGUUCAAAAUGCAGAUUUGGCUGAUUCUGGGAAGUAUUCUUGUGCACCCUCUAAUGCUGAUUUGGCAAGUGUUCGCGUUCAUGUUCUUAGUGGUGAACAUCCGGAGGCCAUGCAGACAGGUUCUUCCGGUUGCCAAUACUCAUGGCUGACAAUAGUCCUGCUGAUAACUCACGUAUUUUUCUACAAGCAGCAAUCAAUGACAUGGAAUCCAUCAACAAGGACAAAAGCCUCCAACGCCACAACGUACAAAACUCCAUUAGCAAAACGCAACACCAUGCCCAGGGCCACCCCCAACACGUUUAAGACCAUUUGCCCACCCAACCAAGCCGAAAGGACACAUGAAUCAUGCUUUUCACACGAAGAUUUACGUAAUUUUAAAAAUCAAUAUGGCUUACCUGGCCAAAGGACAUUCUGCUGACACCGUACCAAUCAUUAGCAUCACGUCCAACAACUGCAGCAGUAGCGGGCCAUCUGGGUGUGUCCGAGUCAAAAGUCUAUAAAAAAUAUUUAGAGAUUGAAAAAUAUUUGAAUUUUAUUGGUACUUAAGUGAAAGAUACAAAUUAAGUAGACACGUUUUAUAAUCAUAUUUGUAAAGAUAAGAGAGAACAUUUUGUGUAAUAACUCCAAAGAAAUGCAAAUAUCGGAGAGAAAGAGAAACCCAAUAUUUGAUGAUUAUAACACAAAUUCAAUUUCUGAACAGCAAAUAAGUAUUACCGAUCUAAGGAGCUAUAAAAGGAGCAUUUCCUUAAACGAAAGUGAUUCCAUUUUCUGUAAGAGUUUCUCAAAACCAACGAAUAUUUCGUUAAUACGAGUAAUGCCACUCAAAAGACAUAGCUAUUUAUGUGUGCAUUAAGAAAAAAAAUCUCAAAAUCUACUUAAAUUUUGUAAUGUCUUUAAAUUAAAAUAUUCAUUAUAUCCAAAAGCAUAGGAUGAAGGGUAUAUACCUUAGAAUGAUGACUUUUUCAUUUUUUCUCAACAAGUAAAAAGGCGUUAAGUUCGGCCGGGCCGAACUUUGGAUACCCACCACCUCGGUUAUAUAUGUAAACCCCCUUUUGCCAAAAUCCGGCGAAGCAUGCAUACCUUAUGCCUCAUAGCCGCUAUAUCGAAAUAUGUUCCGAUUUGGAUCAAAUACUAAUGAGUACAAGUCAGUAUUCAAGUGUGUAUAACAAAAUAUUGGUCUUUUUAGUAGCUAUAUCUAAAAAUAAACCGAUCUGAACCAUAUAUGUCACGGAUGUCUAACAUAAGUCAAUGUGUCGAAUUGCAGUCGGACUUUACGCUUUUUAUGGGGCCAAGGCAUUAAAUCGAGAUAUUGGUCUAAAUGGUAGCUAUAUCCGAAUGUAGACCGAUUUGGGCCAAGUUGCAGAAAACUAUCGAAGAGCCUAAUAAAACUCACUGUAACAAAUUUCGGCGACAUCCGAUUUCGCUAAAAUUUGGGUCAGCGAUUUGAGUUAGGCUUUUCGACAUCCUUGUCUCAUAUGGUUCAGAUCGGUCUUUAUUUGGAUACUAACUGGACAGGGCCCUCUCCGCUGCGCCUUCUUUCACUCUCAUAAUUUAUCUGAGCCCUAUACGGUCAGGUCAGGAAAUAAGUCCUGUUUGGAGGUGUCAGUACGGUCUUUCAGUUAUUUCGCCCCAAUGUGGAUAUUAUGCUCUUCUCCCAAAUACCUUUCAUUGGAGCCUUAUAUUGCUAUGGUCGGUAAAUAUGUCCGGUAUGGUGGUGUUUUUGGAGGGUGAGGCAGAUCCCCAUAUAUCAGAUUCGUGCUCUGGUCUCAAAUACCUUUCAUUUGAGUCCCAUAUUGUCAUUAUAUUCCAAAACCACCAGCCAAAUGCUUGUGGUUUUGAAGGUGGGGCGGCCCCCUAGAUAUCCCACUCAUCUCCGAGAUCUGGUCUUUUUGGAAAUGGGGUAAGGGGAGGGUUCGCCCAUUCAAGUUUGGAUGUUAGAUCAACAUCAUUCCCUUGGAUUUGGUGGUGGAUUGGAGUAGCCAAACUCUUUGCCCCGAAAGUGGAUAUCAGAUUCAUACUCCACUCCCAAAAACCACAUUGGAGCUACAUAUUGCUAUAGUCGGUACAUAUGUGUGGUUUAGGGGAAGUUUAUGAGGUGAGUCGUCCCUGAAACACUUGGCCAUGAAACAGAUAGAGAUUUGAGCCCCUUUUUGCUAUAAUCCACAAAU